CGGCGCGCCCAGUUCUCAGCCGCUGGUGUCGGGGGCUGCGGGAGGUUGCGCACUGCUAGAGGGGCGAGAGAGAAUCUGUCUCAACAGCAGCCAUGCGUGAGAUCGUGCACAUCCAAGCAGGCCAGUGCGGGAACCAGAUCGGAGCCAAGUUCUGGGAGGUCAUCAGCGACGAGCACGGCAUCGACCCCACCGGCAGCUACCACGGAGACAGCGACCUGCAGCUGGAGAGGAUCAACGUCUACUACAAUGAAGCGGCUGGUAACAAGUAUGUGCCUCGUGCCAUCCUGGUUGACUUGGAACCUGGAACAAUGGACUCUGUCAGGUCUGGACCUUUCGGGCAGAUAUUUAGACCCGACAACUUUGUCUUCGGCCAGAGUGGUGCUGGGAACAACUGGGCCAAGGGCCACUACACAGAGGGAGCCGAGCUUGUAGACUCUGUGUUGGAUGUGGUAAGGAAGGAGUCUGAGAGCUGCGACUGCCUGCAGGGCUUCCAGCUGACCCAUUCCCUGGGUGGCGGCACCGGAUCUGGUAUGGGAACUCUUCUCAUCAGCAAAAUUAGGGAGGAGUACCCGGAUCGCAUCAUGAACACGUUCAGCGUAAUGCCAUCUCCCAAGGUCUCAGACACAGUGGUUGAGCCAUACAAUGCCACCCUUUCUGUCCACCAGCUGGUGGAGAACACAGAUGAAACCUACUGCAUUGACAACGAGGCCUUGUACGACAUCUGCUUCCGCACACUGAAACUGACAACUCCUACCUACGGGGAUCUCAACCAUUUGGUCUCUGCCACCAUGAGCGGGGUGACCACCUGCCUCCGGUUUCCUGGCCAGCUGAAUGCUGACCUUCGCAAACUGGCCGUCAACAUGGUGCCUUUCCCUCGCCUGCACUUCUUCAUGCCCGGCUUCGCUCCCCUCACGAGCCGUGGCAGCCAGCAAUAUCGUGCCCUCACGGUGCCGGAGCUCACCCAGCAGAUGUUCGAUUCCAAGAACAUGAUGGCAGCCUGCGACCCACGCCACGGCCGCUACCUUACGGUGGCCGCCAUUUUCCGGGGCAGGAUGUCCAUGAAGGAAGUGGAUGAGCAGAUGCUCAACGUCCAGAACAAGAACAGCAGCUACUUUGUGGAAUGGAUCCCCAACAACGUGAAGACGGCCGUGUGUGACAUCCCACCCCGGGGCCUCAAAAUGUCUGCCACGUUCAUCGGCAACAGCACCGCCAUCCAGGAGCUGUUCAAGAGAAUCUCGGAGCAGUUCACGGCCAUGUUCAGGCGCAAGGCCUUCUUGCACUGGUACACCGGCGAGGGCAUGGAUGAAAUGGAGUUCACGGAGGCGGAGAGCAACAUGAAUGACCUGGUCUCCGAAUACCAGCAAUAUCAAGAUGCCACUGCUGACGAGCAAGGUGAAUUUGAAGAGGAAGGAGAGGAGGAUGAGGCUUAGGAUCUGAGUAGGUUUUAGUGCAAUUGGGCAAGUGUCGAGGAAGGUUCUGAUCAGUUACAAGAAUGCAUGCUUCAAUUUUUGAUUGGUGCUUUUUUUACUGUUGCCCUGUCAACAGUUUUUGUGACCUCUCUAUGUUUUUAAAUUUUUGUAAAUAUUGGCUCAGUGGUUUAAGGUGGAUCCCCUACAGGUAAAUAAAAUAAAGCUGUUUUCCACCCCGGAUACUAGGGUUGUAACCUGCCCAUUUAUUGGGUUAAAAUCAGCUUGUUUAAGCCAUCUGUAGAAAGAAAAUGUCUUGGCCCUAAUCCAAAGGCUAAACCAGAAUUAUUUAUUUGGUUGCUUCCUGGUAGGUUUGAGAACUCCCUCUUUUACCAUAAAAUGAUUUUUGCAAGUAUGAGGAAAAGCUAAUGAAUUUCUACGUAAGAUUUAUGUAAAAUUUAUUUUGGUUAUUACCCUUUCUAUUUUCCUUGUGUUUUCACAAUGCACAGUGUAGAAGUGUUUAUAUUUGCAAUCUAAUUUAUGUGUUAUGAUGUUCAUUUUUAAUUGCAAAUACUGAAGAUAAAAGGCAGCCCCUUUGGAUUGCUCAAAUGAUGCGAGUACCUCAAUUUCACUUGCCUCAUUAAGAGAUUCCUCCCCCCUUCCUGUCAGGAGCUGCACAUCAAAAGUGAUCUCAUAAAAUAAAUCCCACCUUUCAUAUGAUAAAAAGUGGUUGCUUUCUGGCUGUACAGUUGUAGGUGUGUUUUUUUUUUAGUACAAUGGGGGUUAUAUUUCUGGAAGUUUUUUUAAAAAAUAUCUAAGUGGCCUGUGUUCAAAACUGUAUCUGAAUUCUCUUUAGCAGUGGUCCUUCAACUGAAAAGUGGACCUAGCUUUGUGAAAGACAGGGAAGGUAUGCUUAAAAACCAGUGGGGGGGGGGGGCAUACUCAUAGCCUAGGUCAGGUUCUGAUGGCCAGGAUGAAGCAUGCUUUCUGUGGCUGUGUUUCUGUUGGCAUUUUCUGUGUUCUGUGCAGUCUCACCAAGGAUCUCUGUAACUGCCAUAAUCCAAUUUAUUCUGAUGACUUUUGUGUGAUGGUUAAUUUUGAGGACUCUAUAUA